AAAGAUGUAUUGAGAACUGUAGUACCACGCGGGUUGAUUAUUAAUGCUGAUUCACAUUAGAAUGAGCCCCCGAGGUGCAGGGGUGCCGAGGCUCUCUGUGGCAGAGUCAAGCCUCAGGCCGGUAGCAGUUCCGAUAUGUUAAAUCUCUCAAUAUGACAAAGGCACUGUACACAGCCGCUCUGUUCUUGAGAGCAAAGUUCCGCCAGCGGAAUUUACUUGUUGCGGAGCUCUUCAGUCCUGCGCUGGUAAUGCUGGUUACCUUUGUGCUCGGCUGGAGCAUCAGUACCGUGGAUCGGUUUCAGGUGCGGAUCUAUGCAGAUAGCACGCAGACGCUGCUGCGCGCGGAGUCGGACAUCCUCACUAGCGCCGCGCGGCGCGCCGACAUCCCGACGUGCCUCGAGCCGCUGGCUCUCGCCAUCGAGGCCGAGCUGCGGGUGCGGGCCGCCGAUUUGGAGGCAGCGCGACUUGCGGACUAUCGCUCUAAGUUGCGGAAGGAACGCAUCGCCGAAAUUCAUGCGAAGCGGCGGGCAAACAGCACUGCCGAGAUGGAGUCCGAUACCGGGCUGCCGCUACCGGGGCAGAACGGCACUGCCAAGAUGGGGCUUAUGGAAUGGAUGAAGAAGCGGCGACAAGAGCGCAAGAAGGAGGAGCAGGCGCUGUGGGAGCGCCAGCAGCAGCUGGGACGCGGCGCAGGGGUUGCCAGUGGUACCACAGGUGCAUCGGCGGCAAGUGGAGGGCAGGGUGCAGUAAACGGCACGCGCGUGCGGCCUGAGGGUGCAGAUGCUGGUGCCGGUGCUUCUAGCACAAGCACCUCGAUUGCCUCAGCAGCAACUGCGGGACAACGUGGCGGCGCACAGGGUGCUGCUGCAGCUGGCACGAGCGGAGGUCAGGCGUCGGCAACAGGGGCCUCCGUGGCCACAUCCUCGGCCGCCGGGGGCACGGCCGCUGUCGUUGCCGAACAGGCAACCGGCUCUGCCGGAGCAGCUGGCACCAAGGGCGCUACCGCCGCCACUGCUGCAAGCGCCACUGCAAACGCCACGCGGAAUGCGGCUGCAUCUGCGGCCGCGGCCACAGCAGGCGGCAGUGCCGCCGCCGCAGGCAGCCGGCGGCGCCGGCGGCUCCAGGGCAUGGGCUCGGUGACGCUACCCAACCCGGGCGGUGAAAAGAAGUCUUGGCAUUGGUCGUGGUCCGUGCUGCGGCAGCGCCCGGAUGUCAACGCCAGCCGCACCCCGGGCGAGAGCGCGGGUCGGCAGCUGGUGCUGUCUUUCCUGGCAGCCGUGCGGCGGCCCGAGGUCGCGGGUGCGCUGGAGACGUGCGGGUGGUCGCAAAUGCUGGGUCUCGCCUUUGGUCCUACCAUCUGGAACACCUACAACCAAUUGCUAGGGCCCACGCCUGUGCUCACGUUUGACGAGUGGAUGCUGCAGAGUGCUGCCAUCGCCGCGCUUGUGGAGGCUAGCGGCUCGCGGGGACACGUGGAGGGCCUGUUGAACAUGAUGCUGCCCGUCAUGCCGCUGGAGGGACUGAUGCCGGGCUGGCUGGCGCUGGCGCCCGACACGCCGCAGGUCCGUGCCUUUGCGGUGCACAUGUCUCGCGCCACCCACUACUUCGACGACGUCUUUCUUGGCGUCUUCCCCACCGUCGCCGCCGCCGUUGCCGCCUCCGACGCCGCGCGUGGGCCCGCGCCGCCCGCCUCCGCCAUCUGGGACGCUGCCGGGCAGCCGCUGUCGCCCACGGCUGCGGCUGCGGCCGCCACCUCCUCCACCAACAUGACUGGGGAGAUGUGGCUGCGGCAGCUGGGCCUGAUAAAUGACGGCCGCGUGCGGCUGCCGCUGCAGACGCGGCUGGUGGCCCCGGAGCGGCUCUGGGCAGUGGUGGAGUUUGCGAGCGGGCCGGACCGCGGCGGCGGCGCCGAUUACGCCAUUCGCAUGGACGCGCUGCACCUGCCGCCUACCUUCUCCAAAUUGUCACCGCCCGAGUGCAAGACCUGUACGGGCGACUUCCUGCCGUACUCGGCCUCGGGCUUCAUCAGCCUACAGUCGGCUGUGGACGCGUACGUGAUGGGCGGUUGGCGGCACCCGCUGCUGCUGGCGGCGAGGCCCCACGGCGCGGAGGCUGUGGCCUGGCUGCCGCUGGAGCCAACCCAUAGCGGCGCAGGAGCAGCAGGAGCAGGAGGGGGAGGGGGAGGGGGAGGAGCAGGAGGAGGAAGAGGAGGAGGAGGAGGAGCAGGAGGAGCAGGAGCAGCAGGAGGGGCGGCGGGGGCUGGUGGCGGCGAGGCGGCUGCGCCCAGCAGCGGCACGGACGGGCCGUUCGGGCUGUGGUACACGCCCUUCCCAAGCGUGGGGCAGGAGGUAAACGCCUUUUACGAGUACGGCGCCCCCAUCCUGGGCCUCAUCACCACCGCCUCGUUCGCGCUACCACUGGCCAUGGCGGUGCGGGCGCAGGUGUCGCAACGCGCCGCCGGCCUGCAGCACCUGCUGGCCGUCCUGGGCCUCACGCCGCACGCGUGGCAGCUCGCCUGGGCGGCGGCCGUGCUGCCCGUGCUGUGCGGCGCCUUCGGGAUCCAGUUCAUGCUGGCGGGCUGCACCUACCUGCACCUGGUGCAGCCCAGCCUGCUGGCGGCGGUAGCGGGCGCGGGUGCGGCGGCGGCGGCGGGCUGGUCGGUGCUGCUGGGCGGCGCGUUCGGAGACGCCAAGGUGGCGGCCACGGGCAGCUUCAUGGUAACGGUACUCGCCGCGCUGCCUUUCCUGGUGCUGCACGCAGCAGACCCAGGGCAGCUGCUGCGCGUGCGGCGCUACAGCUGCCUGCUGUGGCCGUGCGCGUUGGCGCUGCUGCUGCAGCGGCUGGCGACGGGGCACCAGCUGCGGCGCUUUGCGGCCGCGACGGGCGGCGCCGCAGACGCCGGCGGCCACGGCGAGUCGCCGGCGCUCACGUGGGCCGGCGCGGCGCAGGGGCCGCUGUCCAACAAAGAGGUGCUGGUGUGGCUGCUGGUGGACGCGGCCUUGUACCUGAUGCUGGCGGCGGUGGCGGAGGCGCAGCGGGCGGCGGCGGCGGCGCUGGCAGGCGCUGGGCUUGGAGCCGGUAGCGGCGGCGGCAGGGGCCGCGGCAGUGGGCCCGUAUCUUCUGCGUCCAGAGCCGGGUGGCUGCCGCUGCGACUGCGCGGCCUUACGCACCGCUACCCGGGCGCGGCGGAUGACGCCCUGCGCGAUUUUAGCUUGGAGGUGGCGGCGGGCGAGGCCGUGGCGCUGCUGGGCCGCAACGCCGCCGGCAAGUCUACACUGGUGGCGCUGGCCAGCGGCAAGACGGCACCCAGCGGCGGUGGCGGCGUGGAGCUGGGCGGCGCGGCGCUGUGCGGUGGAGGCGGCGGCGGUGGAGGAGGAGGGGGAGGAGAGGGAGGACGAGGAGGACGAGGAGGAGGCGGAGGAGUGGCGUGGCGGCUGCUGAGCGGCCUGGGCGGUGCCGAUCGCGAGGCGGCGUUCCGGAACCUGGGGUACUGCCCGCAAGGCAAUGUGCUGGUGUCCGACCUGACUGCGGAGGAGCACCUGCGGCUGGCGCUGGUGCUGCGCGGCGCCGCACCCGCCUGGCGGCCCGGGCAGCUGGCGGCGGCGGCGGCGCGGCUGGCCGAGGCGGUGUCCCUGCCCGCCGACAUGCGCGGGGCUCUGAGCCAGCAGCUGUCGGGCGGCUCCAAGCGCAAGCUGCAGCUGGCCCUGGCGCUGGCGGGGCAGCCGGCGGUGCUGCUGCUGGACGAGGUGACGGCGGGCGUGGACGCCGAGAGCCGACACGCCAUCUGGGCGGCCCUGGAUGCAGCCAAGCGGGGGCCCUGGGGCGCGGGAGGAGGCGAUGGCGCAGACGCAGCUGGUAAAAAAGGCGGUGGCGGCGGUGCGGCGCUGCUGUUCACCAGCCACCACCUAGGCGAGGUGGCGGCACUGGCGGACACAGUGGUGGUGCUGGAGGCGGGCCGCAUGCGCUCCCGCACGCCGGCAGACCUGCUGCGUGCGGCGGUCGGCAGCGGCCGCAAGGUCCUGCGCGUCACUACGCGGCCGCUGCCGCUGCUGCUACCGCCAGGCCCAGCGCCGGCCGUCGCAACCCCGCCGCCACUGACCGCGGCUGCUGCUGCCGCCGCUGCUGCCCUGGAGCCGGUUGCGCCCGGAAUCGCAGACGCGGACGCGAACGCGCGGGCGGACCUAGCAGCAGGCGCGGAGGCAGGCGGCCAGCGGCAGGGGCCGCGGACCGGCCUCACGCGCGCCGCCCUGCUUUGCCAGCUGCUGACGCUGCUUCCUGCCGACUCGGGCUGUCGCGUGCUGUACAGCGGCAUCACGUGCACUGCCAUCGCAAUCCCGGCCGAGCCGGGGGCAGCGCCAGUGGCUGGGGGCGGAGGUGACAGCGGCUCGGGCGGCGGCAACGGCGGGACACACGCGGUGCUGCCGGCGCUGCAGGCGUCCGUGCUGCCGCUGUUGCAAGAGCUGCAGGCCAGCGGCCACAAGGCACUGACAGCUGCCGCCUCCGCCGCCGCCGCCACUACCUGGGCCGCAAGCGCCGCGGAUGACAGCAUCGACGCGAACAUGGACGCGGCGGCAUCAGCACCCGCAGGCCUGGCAACAGCCGCUUCGACCGCUGCGGCAGGGGCGGCUGCCGCGGCACUAGCCGCUGGCGUGGUGCCGGCAGCCGCCUCGACGGAGGCAGUCGCGGCCGCCGCCGCGGGGGCGGACGCGGGCGUCGAUGUCGCACAGCGCGAGCGGCAGCCGCUUGUGGUCGUGCGCUUCUGUGUGGGGCCGCCCUCGCUGGAGGACGUGUUGCUGCUGGGGGCAGACGACUGGGCGGCGGCGGGCAGCAGCCAGGACAGCGCCGAGUCAGGGCUGGCAAGUGGCGACCACGCUUGGGGGCACCGAAAUGCGGCAUCCGGUGCAGGUGUAGCCGCAGUGGGCGGCAGGCCACGCGGCGCAGACGGCGGGCUGCUUGGCAAGAUAGCGUCGGCUCUGGCGGCGUUGCCGGCGCUGGCGCUGGCGGCAGUGGGGGGCGCGAUCACUCUCGUGCUCUCCGCCGCCUCUGCCUCUGGCCGACUGCUGCUGUCUGCUGGCGCCACUGCCACCUCCCACCUGCUUCGCGCCGCCGGUGUCAUGGCGUGGCGCGCCACAGCCGCCGCGUCCCACGGCGCCUCCGUCGGCGCCGGCUUCGUCGCGCUGCGCGCGCUGCUGCCUGUGCUGGACGCCGCCAUAUCCCUCGCGUCGCUGGCGGUGGAGAUCGCGGCGUUCUGGAGCUCGGCGGCUUGGGGCGUGGCGGGUCCCAUGCUGACGGUGCUGUGGGACCUACUCAGCUUCAUGGCGGCGGUGGGCUGGGCGGCGGCGUUCCCCUGGGUGGCGGCGGCCUGGGCGCUGGCAGAGCCGCUCGUCUGCGGCGUCGCCGUGGCGCUGGGACCGCUCGGCGCAGUGACCUGGGGGCUCGUGUUCGCGCCGGCACUGGCGGCGGCCGGCGCCGCCGUCGCGCCGGUGACGGCGCCGCUGGCGGUGGCGCUGCGUGCCGCGCUGGCGCCGCUGGGGUUGCACGUGCGCGCGUCGGCGCUGGGCCCGGCGGCGGCCGCGCUGGCGGAGGCUGUGUCGCCCUACUGGGCAGACGUAUGGCAGGGGCUGUCGGGCGUGCUGGCGGACCUGAGGGCCUCCUACUCGCUCCACCGCAGCCUGGUGUGGGGCCUGCAGUGCGCGCGGUGGGCGGGCGCGAGGCUGCUGCGCCGCCUGCGCCGCGGGCGCGGCGCCGCCGCUAGCGGCCGCGGCGCCGCUGGCGCCUACGCCGCUGUGAGCGCCGCAGAGCCCAGGCCGCACGACGAAACAUCCGCCCUCAGCUGUGACGGCGCCAGCGCGCACGGCAGGACCGCCAAGCCCGCGUCGACAACAGCGCCCUGGGAGGGCAGUCACGAGCACGGCUCCGACCCGCACGUCAAGUGGCCCAGCUCUGCCCCGCCAGGCGCCUCCGCCGCCUCCGCCGCCGCGCAGCUGGACGCGCUGCUGCGGCCGCUGAUCGCCAAGCACGUGCUGCAGUGGCGGCGCGACUGGCGGGCCAUGGCGCGCCUGGUGCUGCUGCCGGUGCUGGCGGUGGCGAUGUGCACUGCGGCGCUGCGCAUCAAGCCCGCCUCCGCCGGCCCGCCCGCGCCGCUCAACCUAGGCUGGCUGGAGCUGCAGCAGCCCGUGCCUGCCGCCGGCGUGCCGACAGCCUGGCGGCAGCACGCCGCCGCCACCGCGGCGGCGGCGGCGGGCGCGGCGGCAGCCGGAUCGUCGGUUGCUGACAAGGCCGCGUCAAGGGCCGGUGCGGCGUCGGCGACGGCAGCGGGCCGGGGCGUGGGUGCGGGAGUGGGAAGCGGCACGGCGCAGAUGGCGGGCGUGGGGCAGCUGGCGUGGGGGCAGCGGGCCGUGGCAGCGGUGGCGGCGGCGGCGGCGGCGCGGCAAGCCGCGGCGCAGGGUGGCUACGCAAACCACACGCUGGCAGCGACAGUAGCCACGGUGGCUGUAGCGGUUCCGGGACAGGCAGUCACGUCUGCAUCCCUGCCCAUAACAAUGACAGACACUGCGGCGCUGUAUGCGCUGGGCAUGACGCCGCUACGGCCCGAAUGGGUUGCUGACCCGGCUGACCACGCCUCCGGCCAGGCCGGCUCGCUGCCGCCGGGCCCGCCCUCCUCCGUGGCCAUGAGCCGCUGGGUGAUGCGCGCCGCGGCGCUGGCCGGCCAACACCCCCACUCCCCCGACACCAGCCCCGCCGCCGCCGCCGCCGCCGCAGCUACAGCCGCGGCCGCCUCAACCACCGCAGCUACAGCCGCGGACGCGGCCGGUGUGGCGCUGCCGCCUGUGGGCGCGGAGCCCACGCCGCCGCUGCAGGCGGCCUACGUGUUCGGCGACACGCAGCUGGGCCCGGAGCUGUCCUGGACGGGAUGGUCGGCGCUGGGUUGGGUGCUGCAGCAGCUGCUGGCGCCGGCAGGUGCGGGGCGCAGCAAGGCCGCUGUCGCUGCGGGCGCGCCGCCGCCUGCCGACCCACUGCCCACGCUCCGGAGCUUCUUGCGGGCUGUGUCCACGGAGGCGGGCGCCAUGCCCAAGAUGCUGGACUACCUGUACGACCGCACGCUGCUGCACGAGGCACUGGCAGCAUUCGGCUACGCCUCCCGUGUGCGCAAGCACCACGUGGCCUCACACGCCGAGGAGUACGAGGACGACGGUGCGGACUACUCCCAGGAGCAGCGGGGUGGCGAGGGCGCAGAGGGGGACGAGGAUGGCGGGGACGCUCUGGCCGCCGACUGGAGCGAGCACGGCGCCGGCGGCGGCUCAGCACGUGACCAGGCGAAGGCGAAGCGUGACAUGGAGCGACUGGCUGCGGCGGCGGCGGCAGCGGCCGCCGCGAAGGCGAAGGCGAAGGCGGACGCAGUUGGCAGCAACAGCACCGGUGGCGCCGCUAGGGCACCAGCAACCGCAGCAGGCGUGGGCCCUGGCGGAGCGGCGAAUGCAGGGGCGGAAGGAGCAGCUUCGGCAGGCGGCGGUGGCGGUGGUGUUAGUGGCGCUGGCGUGCGUGCUAGCGGCCAGGGCCAGCCAGGCUCCGCCACCGAUCCAAACGCUGCGAGCCAGGUGGCUGCGACCAGGCAAGGAGCGGCAGCGGCGGCAGACAAGCAGCAAGAGGACGACACUGCUGAGGGCGAGGACGCUGAGGAGGCAGACGGCGACGCCGGCGGAGCCCUGCCCCGUCACCUGCGCUUGCUGCUGGAGGUCGCGCUGGGCCCCCGCCGCGCCCUGCUCGACAGCGCCAGCACCUCCUCCACUGCCUCCUCCAGCACUGCCAGCACCGCUGGGGCUGGAGGACCCCAGGAGGUGGACGUGGGUGCGGGCGCGCUGGAGGGCCUCAACUCCUUCAGCCUGUCGGUGCUGGUGGCGCGGUGCGGCCUGAAGCUGCCGCCGCCCGAGUACGUCAUGCGGCGCAAUGCGGCCCUGGCGCUGGCGGCGGAGCGCAACAUCAGCCUGGCCGACCUGGAGGCGGCGGCACGUGGUGGCGGCGGCGGCGGUACAGGCGGCGGUGCAGGCGGCGGCGGGCGGGCGCGCGAAGGCGUCACUGCCGGGCAGCAGCAGGUGGCGGAGGCCGGGGCGCAGGGUGGAGGCGCGGGCGAGCAGCUGACGCGGCCGGGGCGCGCGCUGCAGAUGCGCUACCGGCCGCCACUCAACGUGUCGCUGUACCUGGUGGCGGGGCUGCUGCAGCCGCGGCGGCGCAACUGCGGCCUGGCGCGGCUGCUGGUGGAGCACUCGGGAGACGUGUCCAGGGUCCUGUCCCGCAUGUGGGCGCGCCGCCAGCUGCCGGCGCUCACCCUGAUGUGGAACAACACCUCGCCGCACGGCCUGCCCGCCACACUCAGCGCCAUCCACAACGCAAUGCUGCGCCUGGGCACAGGGGCCGAGCCGCCGCCGCCACCGCCGCCGCCAUCUACAUCACCUCUUCUUGCAGCGGGGGGAAGGGCAGGCGGGGCGGCGCGGGUCAAGGGCCAGGCGGCGUCCAGUUCUAGUAGCGGGGUGGGGCAGGCCACGGGUGGCGUGGGUGGCGCGGCAGUUGGCGUGGCGGGGACGCCGGGCGUGGCGGCUGCAGCCGGCGGCCGCCGCUUGCUUGCGAACGGCACUGUGGGCGUGCAGGCCGGUGGCGGUGGCAGGGGUGGCGCGGCACAGCUGGCGAACAGCACCGGUGGAGACACCGCGGCCGCGGCCAGCACCGGGUCAGUCUCCAAGCCCAGCUCCACGGUAACCACCGCCGCCACCGCCGCCUCAUCCAUCACCACCGCAGCUGCCACCGCGCACUCCGCCGCCGCCGCGCCACAGUCCCAGUUGUCGUACGGCGAGCAGGUGUACGGCCCAGCCACGGACGGCGGCGGCGCGGCGCUGGUGGUUCGCAACCACCCGCUGCCGCCGCGCCGCGCCUCCGCCGCCUUCAGCGGUCUGAUGGACCACCUGCUGUUGACGCUGAUGCUGGCGCUGCCGCUCGCGUACACAACGGGCAGCUUCGUGGUGCGGGCGGCGCAGGAAGCGGCCAGCGGCGCCAAGCAGCAGCAGCUGGCGGCCGGUGGCUGCACGCCACUCGCCUACUGGCUGUCGGCCUGGUUGUGUGACGUGGCUCUGCAGCUGCCCGCGGCGCUGCUGGUGGCGGCGCUGCUGUGGGCCGGCGGCGCAGCGGCGUUCGCCGGCACCCCCCAGCUGGCGGCGGGGCUGGUGCUGCUGCUGCUGCUCUUCGCGGCGGCGGCGCUGCCCUGGGGCUACUGCAUAUCUCUCCGCUGCGCCACACCCGCGGCCGCACAGGGCCUGGUCUCCAACGCGGGUCUGGUGGCGGGCGUGGGUCUGGCGCUGGCGCGGCAGGUGCUGUCCCACAUCGCCGCCUGGAGCUGGCUGGCCAACGCGCUGCUGCCGCUGUUCCGGCUGCUGCCGCCCUUCUGCCUGGUGGACGCGCUGCUGCAGAUGUCGUUCCUGGACGUGGUGCUGGCCGUGGCGGGGGUGCUGGGCGAGGGCGGCUCGCGGCGCGGCUUCUUCCGGUCCAUGAUGGCGGGACACCUGGUGGGCAUAGACCCCGCCAACCCCAGCCCCUUCCAGUGGAACGUGUUGGGCGCCAACCUGGCCUUCUUGGCGCUGGAUGCACUGCUGUACGGCGGCGUGCUGCUGGCGGCGGAGUGGCGGGCGUCGCGCGGCGACCGGCCGCUGCCGCUGCCCGCCUGGCUGCAACGCGGACCGCUCGCCGCCGCAGCCACCGUGGCCUGGACGGCGGCGGCCGUGACGGCGCGGCUGGUGCGCCUGGCGGCGCAUCUGACGGCGGCGGCGGCGUGGAGCUUGGUGCGCAGGCGCUCUGGCGGCGGGGCUGGUGGCGGGGGCGGGGGAGAGGGCAAGGCGUCGCUGGGCAUCAGUCGGCAUGUUGAGCAGGAGCUGAGCUGGCUACUGGGAGAGGGCGACAGUGCUGGUGCCGCUGCAGCUGCUGGGCACACAGAGGAGGACGCAGAGGUUGGCGGAGCAGGAGUGGCGGGGGGCACACGCAGCAGCCAGCAGACGGCGCGGCGGCGCGGCGGCGUGCAGUCGGGGCAGGAAGAGCGGCGCGGCGGGGGCGCGGCGGAGGACGGGGAGGUGGCGGCAGCAGCGGCAGCGGGAGGGGGCCGGCUGCCGCCAGAGGACUGCUGUGUGCGCGUGUGCAACAUCAGCAAGGUGUACGACAACGGCAAGGUGGCGCUGGCGGGGCUGAGCUUCGGCCUGCAGCGCGGCGAGUGCCUGGCGCUCAUCGGCCGCAACGGAGCGGGCAAGAGCACGGCACUGGCGGUGCUGUCGGGGCGGCUGGCGCCGAGUGGCGGCUCCGUGACGGUGAGCGGCGAGGACGUGGCUGGGCGGCCGGACGCAGCGCGCAGCCGCGUGGCGGUGUGUCCGCAGACGAACCCGCUGCUGCCACUGCUCACGCCCGCGGAACACCUGGCCCUCUACGCUGCGUUGCACAUGUGCGCCCCGUCAUCCUCAGCGGCCGCCACCGCUGUGUCACCCGCAGAAACCGCAGCGUUCGCGCCUGACGGCAGCGCUGGCGCUGGCGCCGCCGCGGCUGGCGGCGCCGACACGGGCACGGCUGCUGCGGAGCCGGCAGCUGCCGAGCUGCUGCCCAUCAGCAGCGACGCUGCUGACGUGCACGACAGCGGGACCGCCACGCCGCUGCGCCCGCGGCGCCGCGCUGCGGCCCAAAGCGCUGGUGUGGCUGGUGCGGCUGCUUGUGGGGCCUGCGGUGACUCCGAUGCUGACGCUGCUGACACCCCAGGCCACGAGCGGGACGAGGAGGCAGGGGGCCUGCGACACGAGGACAGCAUCAGUCGACGUCGCCGCCGGCAGCCGAGCUCAGGCGGCACCAUGGUUGCUGCAUUCAACGUGCCUCUCCCCGCUGACACAGACCACCAGCACAACCAGCAUGACCACCUGCAGCAGCAGCUCACGCCUCCCGUGGCUGUCUUUGAGGCCGAGGCGGCGCUGGGCUCUGCGGAGGCCUUUGCCACCGCCUCCUUCCCCCGCGGCGGAGCCACCGCCGCCGCCUCUGCCGCGGCAGCAGCAGCGGUGCGCGCCGUCGUGGCUGACUUGGCGGUGCGGUGCGGCAUCCCACCCGAGCUGCUGCUGCUGCCGGCGGCCGCUCUGUCGGGCGGCACGCAGCGCAAGCUGUCUCUGGCCAUCGCGCUAUUGGGUCAGCCUGCACUGCUUCUGCUGGACGAGCCAUCUGCGGGCAUGGACCCCGCCGCCCGCCGCGCAAUGUGCGAUACUAUCAAUAUGGCACUGCGCGGCGGCGGCAGUAGCAGCAGCCCCGCUACAGCCGCAGGCGCCGCAGGCAUGGGGCGGUGGAAUGGCGGUGGAUCGGCGGCGGCGCUGGUGCCGCUGCUCCUGAUGCAGCCGCCGGCUGUGGUGCUCACCACGCACUACGGCGAGGAGGCUCUGGCGUUGUGUGACGUUGUGGGGGUGAUGGAGGCUGGCAGGUUGCUGGCGCUCGGCCGUCCGGGCGCGGCGCUGCGGGCGCUGCCUGCGGGGCACUACCUGGCCGAGCCCGAGGAGUGGGGUGGCGUGCUGCCGGAGCUGUAAGCACACGGACACGUGGUGUGUGUGUGUGUGUGUGUGUGUGUGUGUGUGUGUGUGUGUGUGUGUGUGUGUGUGUGUGUGUGUGUGUGUGUGUGUGUGUGUGAUGCGAGCAGCGCAGGCGAAGGAUUCCGUGCGAUG